AUGCGGCGCGCACAGGGGAGCCAGCUGCAUCUGGAGGAGGGAGGAGAAGUCGGAGGAGUAGAGUGUGCUGCUGCUGGUGACGUGAGCAGCGGCGGCGCCAGCAGCAGGAGUACGGGGGUCGCGGCAGCGUCGGCACCGCAGGCGGCGGUGGGGCAAGCGGCGGCUGACGGAGCAGCGACAACCUCGCGAAGACGACGGCGACGAGAGGCCGUGGGCAUGGCGGCGGCGGCGGCGGCGGUGUGUCUAACCUGCUUGUCCGUGUUCGACCUCAAGUGGUGGUCGUUUGGGGGAUCGUCGUCGCGAGAGGGCCGAGGUGGGGGGGGGCGGUGGAGUGCGGUCUCGAACUUCCGGUUCUCGGACGGGCCCUUGGGAAAUUCGCAAGAGAUCCUGCUGGAAGGAUCGUCGGAAGAUUUGCCGGUGGAGGCGAUGCGAGACUACCUCAACGGAUUGGUCUACGACUCCGCCUCUAAGAGGACAGAGCAGCUGUCGAACAUUGCUUUUAUCAAGACGCACAAGACGGCGUCCACGACGCUGGCGUCCAUCCUCUACCGCUACGGCAUGCGGCACGACUCGAACAUCGCCAAGUUCGACCAGGGGGGGACGUACGUGGACCUCGACGUGGCCUCCAAGCAGGUUGCGAAGCAAGGGAAGAGAGUGGACAUCAUGCACUACCACCAUGCGUGGAACGGCUUCUACUCCGGCACCUGGGACCAGGCCACGGCGAAGUACGCCAAGAUCAUGUCGAAUCAGGCAGACGUUAACUACGUGACGGUGCUCCGCGAGCCCGUGGCGCACUACCUGUCGUAUUACUACUACUUCCUGAACCCCAUCAACAAGAUGCCCAUCGACGAGUACCUGUUGAAGAACCCGCACAAGAAGCUGCUGUACAACCCGCUCGCUGCGGAAUUCGGCAUCGAGGACAUGGCGCAGAUGAACCACUUCAUCAAGAAGCAGAUGCCCAAGUUCAAGAUGGUGUUGUUGACGGAGCGCUUCGACGAGGGCCUCGCGCUGCUCCAGCGGAUGCUGCAGUGGGACCCGAUCGACAUGACGUACUGCAAGAUGCUGCAGACGAAGAAGGGGGAGAUGAGGUGGGACGGGAAGCCCCUGGAGAACGUUCCCAAGAUCUCGGACCUCGCGCCGGAGAUCCUUUCCCACAUCAAGGCGAGGACGCAGCUAGACUCGCGGCUGUACCAGGCUGGCACCCUCCUCUACCGAAAGUACAAGCUUGAGUUCGGGCCAGGAGUGGACGAGCACUUCCAGGCGUUCCAAGGGGUGCAGAAGGUGAUGCACAGGUACCUAGAAAUGAACACCUCGAGCGACGCGCUCAAGUGGUACGUGGGCGACGUGGACAUCUACGAUGACGCCCCGCCUAUCCUGGCGUUCUGA